AUGCUAGGAAGAAGGAAACUUGUUGAAGCCCAAAAGCAAAAAAAAAAAAAAAAAUGGAUUGAGGAAUUAGAUGAUGAUUCAGAAGAAAUUGAUUUAGACUCUCUAAACAAUUUGAAAGAACACGAAUGGGCUGAUUUGGAAAAAGAGGAAGAGGAGGUGAAUGAACAAGAGGAGAAAAAUGACGCAUCCAGCGUGGCGGUAGGUGGUGAUGAAGCCAUCACCGAGAAUGGAAAUAAUAAAAAGAAAAAAAGAUACGACUGGAUGAGUAGUGACGAUGAGGAUAUAUCAAGUGAUGAGGAUGAGGAAGAAGAGGAGAUGGAAUUAUUUGAAAAGGGGAAAGAAAAGGAGGAACAAGAAGAGAGUGAAGAGAGAACAAAUACGGGUAGUGGAACCCACUUGAAACCGAACAACGCUGCUGAGGGGGGUACACGUUCUAGAAGUAGCAGUCCAAUGAUAGGAGGGGGAGAAAACGGAAAUGUAGGGUACCACCCAAAUCGUGUGAAGUAUGAUAUGAAUAAUGGUAAUGGGAAGUGCGAAAAUAUACGUAAGAUCAACAUUGAUGAAAGGAGCAGCCAUAGUGGCGAUGGCUCCAUCGACAUUAUUGAAAAUAUAAAUAAAUAUUCCAUUAAUCCGUUAGACAUUAAACUGGAAGAAAUUGAGCACCUAGUAACUUACGUAUACUUUAACAACAUUCAUUUUAAUUGUAUUACGGAGCAAUUGGUGGAGUUUUUAGAAAAAUUCACAAAAAAUAAAAUAAUGCAAAUUAAUUCAGACAAGUCAACAAAUCAUACGAUUUUAUAUAAAUAUGAUGAAAAAAAUGAUGACACAGUUCUGGUCAAUAAAUUUGCGCAUUAUGGGAAGUUAUUUGUUCAUGUCAAAAAUUAUCAAGUAAUUAAUACGAAAACAUUGUUGUUCGUAUAA